UCCCCUUUCUGCCUCCCCUCCCUCACUCGCUCACAUAUCUUGGAAAGGAUGGAUUUGACCGACCGUCUGGGCAGCUCCGGAAGCAAACUGUUGGCCCUGGUGGUGCUUGGCGUGGGCAGUCUGGCUUCCGGUGCCGCCCCUCUCUACCUGGACCAACGGCAGGCCCGCGCUCGGACGGCCCGGAAUUCAACGCUGCUGAUCACGGUGCUGCUGUGUUUCGGGGCAGGAGUGCUGCUGGCCACGGCCCUGGUGCACAUGUUGUCCGACGUCCGGCUCUAUUUGCCACGAUACGCCGAGGUGAUUUUCUGCGGUGGAUUCUUUCUGAUUUACGUUAUCGAAGAGCUGGUGCAGCUGUGGCGGACGGGUGUGAAUCAACCGAAAGUGUUGACCAACGGUGGAGAAGCAGCGGACUGUUGCAGCUCGGGAGAUUCAAUUUCAUUGGAGAACAAACUCUCAACUUUGAAAACAUCAACUCAAUCUGAGACUCAACCGACUCCACUCCAACCCCAGUCGGGAACCUUCAGCCUGCUGUUGGCACUCUGCGUGCACUCGCUGCUCGAGGGUCUGGCCAUCGGCGUCCAGAGUUCUGCCCCCAAGGUGCUGCUCCUGCUGGGCGCAAUCAGUGCUCACAAGUUUGUCGUAGCGUUCUGCUUGGGAGUGGAAAUCUGCUCCCAGAACCACCCGCAAACCAGCCGGACCUCGAACCUGGUCCAAAUCGUAAUUUUUUCACUCGGAUCCGUUCUGGGAAUCGCCAUCGGGAUGGCACUGGACCGGCUCGAUGACACCUUCAACCGGUUGGUGAUUCCGGGCUUGCAGGGUGUGGCCGGGGGCACCUUGCUGUACGUGACACUCAGUGAAGUUCUGCCGCGGGAACGGGCCAAAGCGAAGACGACGGAGGGAUGGGCGACCGGGUUGUGGCAACUUUGUGCCGUCGUCGCCGGAUUUGCGGUGAUGUCAGCGCUGAGUUUGCUGAUAAGUGAGGGAUGAUUAAGUGAUAGUAUAUUAAGCAUUAUUAAAAACAAAUUUAGGAU